AUGGCAUCGCCCACAACCGUGCCGUCGAGCACGCCAAUCGCAGAGUUGAACCCGGACCUUAGACCUGACGCAUCUUUUGUCACGGGCAUUGUCACCCUCAUCUGGCCCUAUGCGUCAUCCAAGAAGACGUCCAGCCUUCUGCUCGUGGAGCCAGACUUUCGCCUCCGUUCAAAUCGAGGACAAGUCCGUGUUCACUUCCAAGGCUCAAGCGCAAAGGCUGUGGCAAGAUCUGGUAUAAGCAGUGGAGAUCAGCUUCUAUUGAGCCUGAAGGGCGCGCAUUGGGCAAAACAUACUACAACAGUUCAGACGCCGGGGAGAGGGAUUGACUGGGAGCUACAAUUUGGGGAACGCCUGGUGCUACAGAUCCAGCGCCCUUCGCAACAGGCUAUACCCCUCGAUAUUGACCACCCAAGCCCGUCGCCUGAACCCUCUGUUCAGACCUCGACCCCAGCCCAGUCUCCACCCCAUAACAACCACUUCGCAACCUCAACUGGUAGACCUCAACUUAAUUCCCAGGUCUGGGCGUCUCCCGCUUUCCUUAAACGCAGCCAUUUCCUCGCUACAGACUAUGAUCCAUUCGCACAGGAAGACUUCCCAGACAACGACCGGAAAAAGCGUACCAAGUUUGGGCGUGGUAGCGGCCAAUGGCGAUUCGCAGAGCGGACGCCGAGCCCUGAAAAGGAACCUGAAAUUCCGCCGCUCGAUGUUGCCAGUCCUUCGAGACCGCCAGCUCAGGACAGACCCAAAGGAGAGGAUGUCCAAUCACUUGUUCAAGAAGCGCAUGACGCAAGGUCACCUUCAAGUGUAGCGACGAACGCGUUGACUGAUCGUGGUGAGCUGAGAGCCCAGUCUGAAGAUGACCCUACUGUCAAAGAUAUGUCUGUUCAAGAGAGGGAAGAAUCGUCUAUUUUGCUCAGCCAAGUCGACGGUGGUAGACAUAUGGUAGACGAGGUCGCUAAAGAUGAAAAUGGCGGGAUGACUACUAUUAUUACGGGAAUAACUCCGCAUACGACGAAUACCGAUCUUAACAAGGUUGAAAUACUAGAAGAGCACGGGGAAGUCGACAACAGUAUUCCUAGACCGACGAGUGCUAUCUACAAGGCAGAUUAUGUGGGCCAUGAGGUUUCCCAGGAGCGGGCCCAAAUCGCGCAAACUUCACCUUCAGCGCCUAUUGAAAUAUCGUCUUCGGCUUCCUCUUCGUCUGCGCCCGAAAGCUAUCAAGAGCCGGAUGGGGAGUCGGACCAAGUAUCCGAUAACGCAUCUCAUCAGGAAUCUGACAGCCUAUUUGACGAGCAGUCCGAGUCCGGACAAAGCAACCUUGCCAUGUACAGCGGUCAUACGUCUGACUUUGGCCUUGACGGAUCGACUUUCUCCCGCCCUCCGCCACCCGCAGAGUUUGCCCCGUCUCCAAGUGUCAUCAACAGAAUCGAAGAAGGAGUAGAAGCUGAUCGCCUGAACACUGACGAUGCUAGGGACAUCCCGUCUCCCCUUCAGAGUGAUGUUGAGCAGAUAGAAAACGAAGCUGAAAAACCAUCGAUUUCAGGAGACUCGGCCGCUGAUUUGUUGCUUUCUGAUAACGUAGGGUCUGGGGAAGAUAUCGACAUGCUUGAGGGCCACGAUGCUGCACAGCCACGUCCGGGUGUGCGACUGCCCUUUCUUGACCAGCUCGGGAGUCCAGAAGCUGGAGAACUUGACGACGAAGCCACGAAGAAUCCAGCUCCCGCAAAUUUGCUUGCUGACGACGUAGGUUCUAUGAGAGAUGUCGACAGCCUUCAGGAUGAGAAUGCUGUGCAGCGAUCCCCAAGCAAUCCGUCAUCGUCUUCCAACCAGUUCGAAAGUCAAGAAUCUCAAGAAGAGCUUAUGCUUAGAUCUCCAGAAACUCCCGAUGACGAAGCUGCGCCUGAGUUGGUUCCCGAACAGUGCCCAGCCGAAUUUCUAGAGGAAGAGUCCCCAUCUUCUAGUCGAGAAAAAGAUGACUUGUCAGGGGCUUUUGAUGAGGAAGACACUCUAGAGACGAGCCUGGAGAAAGAUCUAGCUGAUUCAGCAGUGCGACAUGAAUCACCAAAUACACGUCAACAGGAAAUGGCGCUAGAUGCAAGGCUACCGCAAGAGGACUCGAAGAUCCUCCCUACUCAAAGUCACGACGUCAGGGACCGCGCCGAAAGUGUGGGCAUGUUGACCUCAGAAAUCCAACAGACCACAGUCGAGAUCAUUGAUUUGGAGAGUGGUGACGAAAACGACAUCAGUCCUCAAAACAUUGGCCAGGAAGACUUACAAGCGCUCGUCGAUAAGGAUGAUUCCGAGUUCGCACCAACAAACAAGGUGUCAGCCCACGAAACCCCUUUGCCGUUAGACUCUGAUGCUGGAAAUGAGCAACAGACAUUGAAAUAUGAGGCAUAUCGUCUAUCGACUCCCCCAGCCUCUACGCGACUAGUGCUCAAGUCUGUCGCGGUGGUCGAGGAGCUCCCGCCUGUAGAUAUCCGGAUAGGGUCGGAAGCUCAUGAAGAGGCUUUUGAACCUGAACGGGAGGGUUCUCGCAAGCAGUCUCCAGCAGCGAUAAUUGAAGGGUAUGAAAAAGAGCUUUCAUUAACAGAGGAGGCCCAAUUCCAGCGACUACAGGAGGCAAGACUUCAAAGUAAGGAACACGAGCUAUCAGCCAAAAAGGAGCCUCGUCUCAAGCGAUCGCCAAUAGCAGAAACCGAGCUCAAGUCAAUACCUAUAGACGAAUUGCCUUCAACCGUACCCGAUUCGUUUGAAGGCAUAAAGUCAAAGAGCCAACUUUUGACACCGAGCUCAACACAACGAACAGACUUUAUAUCCCAGCCAUCAUCCGUAUCACUCCAUCUCACGUCAGAGGGUGACACCCUACCAACACCUCGACUGACACAAGGCACUUCUGCUGGAGUCGUGCCUCCGCAGCCGCUUGCUCCUAUAGAAGUACCGACCCUUUUCGAGACAACCGCGCCACCCAAAAAGACAUCGGCGUUGAUUGAGAAGUUGAAGGAGAUGCGAAGGCUAUCAAACCAAAGCCCAAAACCCCGAUCGAGCGACGCCAGUGUCCUAGAUCCAUGGUUUGCGCCUAAGCAGUCUAGCCAGGUUGUCCCAGACAGUGAGGAUGAAAGUGAAGCAGAGAGCUCGCCGGAAAGAGAAGCGCAAACAGAAAUUCCGAAGAUUGGUGGUAGACAGCUGCCUCAGACUCCCGAAAAACCACUCGCGAAAACGUUCAUACGCUCCCCACAGCCGAACUACAUCUCCUCGAUACAAUCGUCUCCUCAAUAUCUCCCACCUUCUCAACCACCUCCUCCAGGCUUUCGCACAAACCUUUCGUACUUUGUGCCUCUUGCGACUUUGACAUCACACUUUGCAACGACUGUCGACAUCCUCGCCAUCGCCCUAUCUAGCACGCCAGUCACCCGUGCCACCUCGGGACCAAGAGAUUACACCCAAACUCUUUAUAUCACCGAUCCCUCGUCCUCAGCAUUACAACACUCCAUCACCACAGCACAGAUAUUCCGACCUAAUAACCGAUGCUUUCCUCUCGUGGACAAAGGUGACGCCCUCUUGUUACGCGAGCUCAAAGUCCAACAUUUCCAAAGGCGUCUGUCGCUACUCAGCACCGAGAGUAGUUCAUGGGCAGUCUUUCGCAAAGGGGCUGAUGUGCAAAUACGUGGGCCACCUGUCGAGCUCGGAGCCGAGGAAAGAGGGUUUGCCCGUGGGUUAUGGGAUUGGUGGGCUAGCCUUGGUGAUGAUGCGAGAAAGCGAUUCGAGAAUGCAGUGCCUGAAUACAAGAAGCCUAACGGUACGGCUAAGACCACGAAAUCCAAAGCAGGUGGAGACAAGAGCGAUGCACCAAUCAAAAAAGAGGAGAUUGAGGGCUUAGGUGUCGAUCUGCCUGGCUCACAAGCCAAAAGAAGAGAAUCAAUGAAAAAGCGUGCCUUAGGUCUGGAUGUUGUGGAAGAGAGGGAGGUGGUGCAUGAGAGCAUAGAGGCUCCAAAGCGUGUCUUGCGAGCAAGAGGGGCGAAGGACGCGAAUGGGAGGUCAGAAAGCGCUCGAGAGUCGCGCUCCGGCACACUCUUUAUCGGUGGGCUGGGAGAGCCGGAUGAGACUCAAGGGAGCGCGCAUGAAUUGAGGGAUGGGAAGGCUUAUAGAGAUAGAAGGUGA